CUCGUUGAUUUACUCGUAGAAGGCAUGAUAAAGGCUCUGCAUGAGGCAUUGCCGGAUGAGCUCCACAUGCUCUGACUCGGUAUUCGUGUGAUUAAGAUCAUUCUGCCACCCAUGGCGAUGUGAUUGCGGGGACGGGUGCACCGAGGGUCUUCGAUAAGGCUAAGUAACAGAUUAGGGACUUGGACACCUGGCGUGGUGUCCUAGCUUAGGCUAUCAACAAGCCGAUUUAACCGCUCCAAAGAUAAGGCCAAGUUAACUUGGUGACUGGUUGUUUAUCAUCUUGUUCGCUUUCCCACAAAAUGCCGUCGCGGUAUCAACGUUGAUAUCAAUCUAGAACAAACCUGGCAGACGUCGUUAUGGCAGCCAUGGUUUCAGCCUCCCCAAGGGACCCGACAGAAGUGAAAUUCCGUCGGACGAACUCAUUGGCUUUCGCGAAGUCCGAUUGCCAUACAUGCUCGUCCUUGUCGCUGCAUUGCGAUCGCCAGCGGCCACGAUGUACACCAUGCCAAAAUGCUGGGAUUCUUUGUCAAGGCUACUCCAUGAAAUUGACAUGGCAUCAGAACCAUUCUAUGGUCAAUCGACCGCCAAAAGUCAAAUCAGUCCCCAUUCCGCCUCGGGAGUCGAGUGAUGUUUCAAGGAAGGGCAGUAUAGUCAAAGAGGACCCGGUCCAGAAGGACAAGAGUCCUGGAAGUCCAACGACACCUGAACAGGGUCGACAAUUCAUGUUCGUCGCGGCACGUCCACCGAAGCGAAGGAAGAAGAAUCAUCAAUCAAUGGACGCUGGGGCGACGGCAACCCCGCGGCCAAGAGCGUCUAGCAAGACUGCUAUCCCAGGUGUCACAGGGAAACGGCCUGCACGUACGCCUGCUGGUGAAGGAGCACGACGACCGAGUAAUGUUACAGUCGCCAACACUCCAUUGACGGACAUCGCGAUUGAAGAGCCGAUCCAAUUACCUUCUCUACCCGACGUAGGGGACUUCAAUCUGGAUCCCGCACUCAAAGACGACCCCACGGAGAGUAUACCCUGGCAACAUGAGGACUUCAACUGGGUCUCACCACCGUGCCAAACACCAUCAGCGAUGAUCGACUUCGAGAGUUUAGAACAGUGUUUGGAAAUCCAGCGUCAACCUCUCCCUCUCGACAUGUCGGACCCGUCUCCGACCACGAGCACACAGAUGAGCAUGAGCCUCGAUCUUUCGCGCGAUCUAUGGCCUGAAGAAUGGACCGACGAGUCUCCAGGGGGUGAGCAAGAUCUUAUCAUGCACGACAAGAACGGCCACUUCGUCGACAUGAUUCCACAGCUGUGCUAUUCGACAUUGACGGACAAGUUUUAUGGGCUAUUGGAUAUGUACGACCAAGAAUUUUGCAGGUAUCCAAUCACCAACCACUUCGCAGUCAAUCCGUACCGGUACCGGCCUGAAACAACAAGAGGGUCGCAGCACUUGUUGCACGCCAUCGUCGCGUUGUCAUGCCAUUUUCGACUACGUUCGGCGACACAGCCGCAACCACCGGCCGAUGCUGUCGAUCAUAAGAAUACGGCGGUGGUGCUUUAUCAAGGCGCACUGUCGAAGAAGGAUAUCCAUCUCCAUGGGCUGAGUAUGUUGGACACAGCUAUGGCCCUGUGGCAAUUUGAGGCCACAAUCUCCGCGCUGAAUAUAUGGCGCUCCCACCUGUCCGACGCCUACAAUCUUCUCGAACUCUGCGGUGGGGUGUCGAGGUGGUCCGCGAGUAUCAAGGCCAACACUCAGGUGUCUAUGUUUUUGUGCCCGUCCGUUACCAGAACUUCCCUGCCCUGCCGUUCUCCUUGCUCGCUCCGGUGUCCGCCUGGUCAGAUGUCAUGUAUUGUGCUAACGGCUGAAAGGUGGGACGGCAUGGUCUCCCUCCUCGCCCGCGAAGACCCCGUCUUUCCCUACUCGUACUUCGAAGCGGUCCUCAAAUCCGAAGGCCGCCAACCCUGGACCUUCUACGAACUCAACGGCUGUCCCCGCGAACUUCUCGUGCCGAUGAUGCAACUAUCCACCCUCGCCGCGCGGGACGCUCAAUCCACUACGCCCUCCGAGUCCGUUCUCGAUAUCGUCACGGAAAUCGAACUCUCGAUCCGGCGGUACGAGUACUCCGGCGCCGGCCUCAGUGAUCUUGUUUUCGAAGGCAUCGACACAGAUGAGAAUGAUCUACAUAUCGAGCGCGACCGGUAUCAUUGCUGUGAGGCGUUUCGAUAUGCCCUGCUGAUAUACAUUCUGCGUGUCUUUACUAUGCGGCGUGUUCUCGCACUCGAGGACGAGACGGAACGAGAACGGGAAAGGAAACGUGUACGCUCACGGCUUAGUUUCCUUGCUAGAGUAGCGCUGGAGCAUGUCGCUUCUUGUCGACCGGAUGAUGAUAUCCAGAAACAAGUUCUCUUUCCGUUGUUUGUGGCGGGUGCGGAGACGAGGCACAUCGCGCACAGGGAUAUUGUGAGGGAGUAUUGCGCUUCUUGGUAUGGUAGGUUUGGGUAUCAGAUGUUUAAUACAGUUGGGGAGGUUCUGGAGGUGGUUUGGCAGAAGCAGGAUGCGGGAGAUGAGAUGUAUUGGUGGGGAGAGGAGUUGGAUAGCCGAAGGGCUGUGGAGGGGGAUCAUGUGCAGUUCUGUUUUGGGUGA